AUGAGAUACCCAUGGAAUGUGGUCUCUGAAGUUCUGAGGCUGAUGCCACCUGUACGUGGGGCUUUCAGAGAGGCAUUAACUGAUUUCACCUACGCAGGUUAUAGAAUACCAAAAGGAUGGAAGCUGAAGGAGAUGAAUAUGCUAGCUAGGCCACAAAGACUCGUGUUCCUGCAUCACAUUGUCAAGAGAUUCAAAUGUGAUUUACUGAUUCCUGAUGAGAAAGUCCCGUAUGAUCCAAAUGCCUGCCCCAUGCAUCCCAAGGUCUUCCAAGAGAGAUUGUUUCCAGACCCUCAACUUCCACCAGGAAGUCUAGGAUGGCCUCUCCUUGGUGAGACUUUACAGUUCUUGCCAACACGUCGCACACCAAAACCUGAGAGAUUUGUAAGCGAUAGAAUGAAGAAAUACAAUCCUCAGGUUUUCAAGACUUCACUGUUUGGAGAAACAGUGGCUGUGUUUUGUGGACCAGCUGGGAACAAGUUCUUGUUCCACAAUGAGAACAAGCUGGUCAAUCUUUGGUGGCCAACUUCAGUGAAGAAGCUGAUGAAAUCAAGUUUGUCUAAUGUAGUGGGCGACGACGCUAAGAGGAUGAGGAAGAUGCUCUUAACUUCCCUUGAUCGAGAUGCGCUCAAGAGGUACAUAGACAGGAUGGAUUUGGUCGCACAAAACCAUAUUAGGACACACUGGGAAGGAAAAGAGGAGCUGAAACUGCAUCCAACUAUCAAUUUAUACACAUUUGAGCUUUCUUGUCGCCUUUUUGCAAGCAUUGAUGACCCUACACACAUUUCCAAGCUUGCACACCAUUUUGACAUCUUUCUCAAAGGAGUCAUUCACUUUCCUAUCUAUGUACCUGGCACGCCAUUUUACCGUGCUUCCAAAGCUGCUGAUGCAAUCAAGGAAGAGCUUCGGUUGAUUGCUAGAAAAAGAAGAGAAGCUCUGGACAAAAAAAUGGAAUCGCACAGAAAAGAUCUUCUGUCACAUUUGCUUGUGACUACAGACGCAAGCGGAAAGUUACUAUCCGAGUCCGAGAUUGUUGACAACAUGCUGAUGUUGCUUUUUGCUAGUCAUGACACUACUACAUCAGCCAUGACAUGUGUAAUGAAGUAUCUUGCAGAAUUGCCUGAAGUUUACCAAAUGGUUUUGAGAGAGCAGCUUGAUAUUGCUAAGUCUAAAGAAGCAGGAGAGUUGUUGAAAUGGGAGGAUAUUCAGAGAAUGAGAUACUCAUGGAGAGUGGUCUCCGAAGUUCUGAGGAUGAUACCGCCUAUACGUGGUACUUUCAGAAAGGCAUUGGUUGACUUCACCUAUGCAGGUUAUAAAAUCCCAAAAGGAUGGAAGCUAUACUGGAGUCCUGACUCGACAACUAAAGACCCAGCUUACUUCCCAAAUCCAGAAGAGUUUCAUCUUGAGACAAAUUUCGAUAUUGCCAAUGAUUUUGGCUGUAAAACAGUACUAGUUUCUCAGGCGUCCACAAUCCAGUGUUGGUUACUUUGUUCUUGUAUGUGCAUAUGCAAGUAUUAUUGAUGUGGUUCUUCUAUUCAGCGUGUAGAAUCAUCCUUCUAUAGACAUUUA